UCAUGAAUAUUGUACUUCCCAGAAAUCUCUACAGUUUUCGAUGGUGAACGACUGCUCUGUGCCAAUGACGCGUUUGGAACAGUUUUAAACAAUUACGUUUUGGAUCAAGAAAUAUUAUCAAAAGUUAGUUGAAGUUGAAGUAGGCUACUUGAAAGUUAGUGAGUGGAGAAGUUAACAUAGUGAUGCUGAGCUGCGUGCGACAAGCCUUGGGGAUUCGAGAACUUCUCGAACCAUAAGAUGAUCUCGCGGAUACUUCAUGCGCGGCAUCAACAGAAGAAUGAAGCGUGGCACAGUGGACUUCCAAUCGGCCAUCGCAGACAAGACGUUCACAGAUCUGAUCACUCGGCUCCUCUUUCUCUGGAUCAUUAGUUCGUCCUCGCUUCAAGCCCAUGGCAUCUUCAUGUACGACUCCAAGGCGGUUCUGGGCGACUGCCGUGACUACUGGACCUUCCAGGACCGUGGCCGGAUCCCGCUGCUCUUCCAGAUGACGGUGUGUGUGGACGUGCGGGUGGUCUCUCCGGGCCGCUGGCUGGCCUUCUCCUACAGCUCGCCGCGGGCCCCGCGCUUCGACCUGGCCCUGGAGGGAGACCCGCACGCGCUCUACGCCUGGCUCCUGGGGGUCAGGCACCGCUUCCCCGUGCAGCUCGCACCGCAUGUCUGGCAUCGACUCUGCCUGCGCAGGGACUCACUAAGGAACACAUUCAGCAUGGAGGUGAACGGCAGCACUGGCGAGAACCAGCGCACGGUGAUCGCCCGCGUCAUCCCACCCAACGGGGAGCUGAGACUUGGCUGCAUGCCGAGGGACGCCACCCCUGGGGACGCCAGGGGAAAGGUGGAGCUCUACCUGUUCCGCAUGUGGGGGGACGUAGGCCAGCACCGGGCCUGCGAGGACGGCUCCGUGGCCGGCUGGCAGUCACGCAUGUGGAGCAUCUCCCACUCCAGGACAAGGGCACACGACGAUCAGCUCGGCUGUGGCAAGACAUGGCAGAAACGUCGACUUCUCAGUAAUGUAGAGAAAGUUAGUCAGGCCCCAGGCCAAGACAGGGCAGCCAGUGUCCGUCAAAAUGGUCGAAAUGCAGAAGCAACGCAAGUUCCAGACUCAGGUGCCAAAGACUUUGUCUCCACACCUGCCACCACAACCUCUAAGCCCACAACUCUGCCCCUGACGAUGCCCCUAAGAACCACACUGCCUGCCCAGAGCUCGUCAACAACCACAACCGAUGCCCACACCGUAUCCACUGUCACAUCAACGGCCAAGGCCACCACAUCAGGAAGAGCUACAGGUGCUUCCACAACUCCCAAAGAGACGUCACCACCUCCUCCAUCACCAUCAUCCUCCUCUCUUACACCGAGCCCACAGCAGGCUACAGCUGCAGACGUGAGCAACACUACAACCCACACCACCACCACCACGCAUCAACCACCUUCAACAUCACCCCCCUCCACCAGCAUGACCUUUGACCCUGAAAAUGGAACAAUGGCGACCACUCCCACCACCAGCCCCCAGCAGGUAGCUACUGCCCCCUCUACAACCGCGCCCCUAAAAGGUUCCCAGAAUUCCUCAGUCUCUCCUUACCCACCCACCACCGUGGCUACUACCAGGCCCACACAGACUACCGCGACAAGCCCCAGCGCUGCUGCCUCUGUUUGGGCUACCACAUCCAGGUUCUCCCCUGCCCGUACCAGCUCCACCCCAAGCACCACCAGCAGCAGCAGGUUACCAACAGGCAGCCACAGCACCGCAGUACGCUGGUCCACAGCUGCCGUGGGCCAAAUCGUGAUGCAGUGCAACUUCUCCCAGUUCUGCGCAAACACAACUUCCUAUUACUGGAUGAUGACCAAUGUUACAGUGACCGGACCAUCGAAGACUGAAGCAGACAUUAAAGCCUGGUUUUCUCAAUUCGAUGGUUCCAUCCCUCAUAUUGAGCCCACAGACGUCAACUGCACAGACAAGACAACAAUACAGAGGACUACUUGCAGAGUGCAACUACAGCUUCAAGAGAGCAUCAGCACCUGCGAUCUGAGGCGCCUCAUACAAAACAGUGACCACGGUGACAUCAGUGUCACUGUCCUUGGGGAUGUGGAGAGAGUUGGCAAGGGCCUGUGUGUGGAUGAAGACCAACUGCCCCCUAGAGGUGACUUUGUAAGGUGCACCUACCCCGAGCCCUAUGAUGGGAUGUGUCUUUCCAAGGAAUCGGUCAACGUCACCUGCUCAUACUUGGACUCUGAGCCCAACCUCGCUCCCUCAUCUAACCAGGAACAAGACUCCUGCACCAUUGCCGCUGACAGGCCAGACAAGUGUGACUGCACUGGCUUCUGUCGAGAAAACGAUAAAUAUUACUAUGCCCUGCGGCUGAACAUCACAAAUGCCACCAUAACACUGAAGGACAUUCAGGACAUGAUUUUCAAGAACACUUCAGAUUGUGAUGCAGACAUACCGCACUGCAUGGUGGCGUUGAUGCUGGACCGGCUGCUGGACGUGUGUGUGGUCAGCAGAGUGAUGGCCUUCAGGCUGCAGGGGAGCCGAGGGGUCCACUACGACGGCCUGCUGACACGCAUGGCGAUAUGUGGAGGGCCAGACUCCAACAGCACGCGCCUCCUGGACGCCAACCUGACCUGGUUCUCCUCCAGCCUCACAGCUGACGACUUCUGUGAAAGCACCGUCAAGAAACCACUGACAUGGUGA